AUGAAGUCCUCAACUUUCAUUGCACCUCUUUUAGUAUCCAUCAUUGGUGCCCUUGGCAAAAGAAAAGGACCCAAUAUUGUCUUCAUCUUCACUGACGACCAGGAUCUCCGACAUGGCUCCGUCGACACCCAAAGAGCAGUUCAAGAACACAUCGCCGCUCAUGGAACUGUCUUCACCAACCACUAUGCCAGCGUUGCCGUUUGCUGCCCUAGUUGCGUGUCCCUCAUGCGUGGACAGCAUGCACACAAUACCAAUAACACCGCCAUCAAGGCGCCCGGAGGAGGUUUUCCCAAAUUCAGAGCUGCUGGUCUCGAAGAAGAAUAUCUGCCACAUUGGCUGGAGAAGGCCGGCUACAACGCCGAGUUUGUCAUGUCGGAGAACGGCGCACGACCUGUAUGGUAUCAGGGCUUCCAGCAAACAGAUGUCGUGCGGAUUAAAGCCCUCGAUCGACUCGACACUUUGUUGAAGGAGGAAGACCCUUUCUUCCUCAUGAUUGCUCCAACCGCGCCUCAUGUUGAAAACUUGCGAGAUCCUCCAACGCCGCCUGCUCGAUAUCUCGGAUCUUUUGCCAAUUCCACUGUUCCUCGUACUCCCAACUUCAAUCCUGCUGAUGAAUACCAGCAUGUCAAGCCUAGUUGGCUCAGGACCCUUCCCAGUUUGAACAACACUCAUAUUGCCGAGAUCGACCACUUCUACCAGCGCCGACUUGAAUCUCUCAAGGGAGUGGAUGACAUCAUUGACGAUGUUGUCGAGAUGCUUACCGUCAACGAUGCAAUCGAUAACACCUACAUUAUCUACACCACGGACCAAGGAUAUCACCUUGGAACUCAUCGCACCGGUAUUGGCAAGUCACUUCCUUAUCUAAAAGACACCAAUAUUCCCCUCAUCGUACGCGGUCCUGGUAUUCCCAAAGGCGCCGUUUCGAGCAAUCCUAGCCUAGUCGUCGACUUUGCUUCCACUUUCCUUGACAUCGCGGGAUUGGACCCUAAUGAUCGACCGCCGCUCUGGGAUGGCUCAAGUCUGCUCGACUCGUGGAAGAGUCCAAACUCUCCGGAAAUUUCCAAUAGAAAGGAGGCCGUUAACAUUGAGUACUGGGGUUCUGGAUUUGUCGAGAUGCACCAAUGGUCAGAGGGCGACUACGGCAUUUCCUUCCCUGGACUUUACUCGAAGAACGACUACAAGACAAUGCGUGUUGUGGGAGACUCCAGUUCCUGGAUGUAUUCACGAUGGUGCAGCAAUGAUACAGAGCUCUAUGAUACGAAGGUGAGUCUCCAAAUCGUCUCUUCGCUUCAAACAUGCUAA